CCCUUGAUUUGUACUGUUCAUUCAAUGACGUGGAUCCCGCAGUACCCCUCAGGUUCGCCCAUAAAUAUGAGCCUCCUACGCUGCCUUUCUUCCCUUUUCUCCUCCUUUCCUCCCUUUCCCUUAUAAUUUUAGAAGCUUUUGAUUUAUUUUUUAUUUUGUUUCGAUAAUUAUUAGUAGUAGUACUAAAGCCAUGUUGUAAACUGUUCCGGCCAUGUUUUCCUCCGGUUCAAAGUUCGACAACUAUCCUUUUCCGGCUUUUGAAAACGGCUUCACGCCGUGGGAUCAUUGCCCGGAGCUUUUCUCCACUUUCCAAACAAUAGAACCCGGCGCAAUAUUGGGUUACGUUCUAGAUGAACCAACCCCAGACCAAAACAACUCGAACUCUGGCUCGGAAGAACCGAACCAACCGGAUUCCUCCCUCGUCGACGAACGGAAGAGGAGACGCAUGAUAUCCAACCGGGAAUCGGCCAGGAGGUCACGGAUGCGUAAACAGAAGCAUUUAGAAAACUUAAGGAACCAGGUGAACCGGCUUCGAGCCGAGAACAGAGAAUUGACCAACCGGCUGAGGUCUGUUCUUUACCACUGUCACCGUGCAACGACGGACAACGAUCGACUCCGAUACGAACACAGUUUUCUCCGACGAAAAUUAUCGGACAUACAUCAGAUUCUCACGUUGAAGCAAUUGCAGCAGUUUUCAUCUGCAUGGCCAUUCAAUAAUGUCGUUACUGUCAUGUCCGAUCGAACCCCACCAUUAAUCACUUAAACAUGCUUACAAACACACAUAUAUAUAUGUAUGUAUAUAUAAUGGUGGGUUUAAUUACUUUUGGGGUAUAUUAAUAAUUUUGCAAAGUGAGAGGACGAAGAAGAAAAAAUGGUCUGUUUUAAAAACCAGAGUAUUUUAGUGUAAGAAGAGAUAGUGCAGUGU